UUGGCGCGGCGGCGGCACUCAGUAGUCAGUACUCCUCGAGACUUCGAUUAGGUCGGUUCUCGGUACUGUGCGAACAGAGGGCUUCUCACGUUCGCUCAACGCGAAGGUGUCAGUGAUAAAAGCGAUAUCGUUCCGCCAAUUGCGCCGUCUCUGCUCGAUAUACUAUCUAGUGAACAAAAUAUUGCAAUACCCCUAUCUCUGAAAACAGACGUAGGGACUCCUAUAUUUAUAUCAAGUGAGUGUACUGUGCUUGUGAUACGAUAUGAGACCCAAGGAGGAAGUGAAUACGAAGGUACAAUCCGGAGCCUUCAUCCUCUCCGAGAAGAUCGACGACACAAAGUCGAAGAAGAACGAGAAAGAGAUGAAGAAGGAAAUGAAGAGGCUCGAAAAGGAGAAACAGGAGCGCGAGAAAAGGGAGAAGAAGGCCAGGGAGAAGGAAAAGGAGCGCGAGAAGCAAGCGAAGAAAGGGAAGGUCGUGUGCGGCGCGUGCGCCGGCAAGUGCAGCGGCGAGGUGCUGCGCGUGUCGGACAAGUACUUCCACAUGGCGUGCUUCACGUGCCGGACCUGCUCCGCGUCGCUGGCGCGCGGCGGCUUCUUCUGCAAGGACGGACACUACUACUGCCCGCAGGAUUACCAGCGCGCGUUCGGAACCCGGUGUGCUGCCUGCAACCAGUACGUGGAAGGCGAGGUGGUCUCCGCGCUCGGGAACACCUACCAUCAGAAGUGCUUCACCUGCGCCAGGUGCAAACGCGCGUUCCCGUCCGGCGAGAAGGUGACUUACACCGGCACCGAGGUGAUCUGUGCCGCCUGCACCGCGCUGCCGCACAAGGCCACGGCCCGCGCCGCCGCCCCGCGCCCCGCGCACUCCCCGCCUACACCCGCCACGCCCGUGACCCCCGCCGCCAACGGCGACCACGACGAGCUCGACCGGCGGCAUCCCGACCCCAAUGAAUGCGCCGGCUGUGGACAGGAGUUGUCGGAGGGUCAGGCCCUGGUGGCACUGGAGCGCCAGUGGCACACGGGGUGCUUCGCGUGUGGAGAGUGCGGCGCCGUGCUGGACGGAGAGUACAUGGGCCGUGACGGAGUACCGUACUGCGAGCGAGACUACCAGCGACUGUACGGAGUGCGCUGCGCAUACUGCCAGCGGUACAUCUCCGGCAAGGUGCUGCAGGCCGGUGAGAACCACCACUUCCACCCGACGUGCGCGCGGUGCAGUAAGUGCGGCGACCCGUUCGGCGACGGCGAGGAGAUGUUCCUGCAGGGCGCCGCCAUCUGGCACCCGCGCUGCGGACCCGCGCCGCACCCGGCCGACACGCCCACCGCGCUCGACCGCGCCAGCUCCGAGCUGCAGUUCUCGCUUCGGUCGCGCACGCCCAGCGUCAACGGUUCAUACUGCAGCCCCUACAGUAGUCUCAACAGAAAGUACGGCGGCGGCAGUAGUGCGGGCGGGUACCGCACCGUGUCGCCGGGGCUGGCGCUGCGUGACUACCGCUCGUGCCGCUGCGACACGUCCCCGCACCGCAUCACCGCGUUCUCGUACCUCACGAGCGAGCCGGCGCGCCUGCGCGGACCAGUCACCGUCGCGGACCGGCCGCCCGUCUCGCCGCACUUCCACCGCCCGCCCUGUGAGUCUGCGGGCAGCACUCGGGCCAGUUCGCGAGCUGGUAGUAAGGCGUCAUCGCGGCCCGGUAUGCGGGUACUGGUCGACAGCAUGCGAGCGGAGACGCCAAGACCAGCCAUCGUCAACAACGACGAACCUAUAGAGCUAUCACACUAUCCAUCGGCGUACAAGCCUCCGCCGGGAACCAAGCCCAAGAUAGAGAGAGACGACUUUCCUGCCCCGCCUUACCCUUAUACAGAUCCAGAACGUCGUCGGCGAUGGUCGGACACAUACAAGGGCGUCCCGGAGAGCGAUGACGAAGCUGACGCGAAGAUGAACGGACACGCGCAUCAACCCGACGACAAGCUGCGGCGCGAGGAGAACGAACUCGCUAAGAUACAGUCUGGCAUUGCGCAGGUAUUUCUGAAAGAAGUAAAGGAGCGUGAAAAGCUACAGCAAUGGAAAAAACAAAACUUAGAUCCCAGAAACGCUAGCAGAACGCCGUCUGCGUCGCAUGAAGCUACCAUCAGACUGCGAUACUCGUCGCCGGUGGGCGCUUCGCCCUCGCGGACGCUCGACCGGCCGCGACACGAUUGUCUCGACUGCACCACCUCGAUGUCCGACACUUUGCCACACCACCUGCCAUCGUACAACGCUAUGUUCGGCGUUCGCGGCGGCUCGGCCACGCGAGCGAGCACGCUGCCUGCGGGCGCGCCUGUCUCUCUCUCUCCCUGCAACGGUGACUUCACACUGAGCGGUCUCGGUGAUAAGACGCACAGCACUGACUUCAGCAGCGGCAAAUCAGAUAUAUCUGCCGGGUCCAUCACAGAUGUUGAUAGGAGUGCUAUGACGUCGGAAGGCGGCGUGCUGGUGCGCGGCGUUGCCGGUGUGCGCGCGGGGGCGGGCGGCGGCGGGCGCGCGGUGCGUCGCUCGCUGCCCAACAUGGCAACGUCGCACUUGGUGCACGAGCCCGCCAAGUUGUACCCCUACCACCUGCUGCUCAUUACGAACUACCGCCUGCCGCCCGACGUCGACCGCCUCAACCUCGAGCGACAUCUAUCGGACGCAGAGUUCGAAGCCAUCCUCCAAGUAGCUCGCAGCGAGUUCUAUCGCCUGCCACAGUGGCGCCGCAACGAACUCAAACGACGGGCCAGACUUUUCUAGAUACACUCCGCAUAUACUAGAAGCCACUUAAUAUCUAAAUUUUUUCUGAAUACGCUUAGUAAAUACAAAACACGCGAAAUUUUGCCUAGUUUUCUGUUAGCGUUAGUUGAAAAUGAGAUGGUCCAUUUCUGUCCAGGUCUGUGUACCUUAUACCGUUAAAUAAAAAGCAAUUGUGUGGUUUUAUGAAACCACAAUGCAAAUGAAAACUUUUUUCACAAAAUUACAUAUUCAUAUCAGCAUAGACAAAAAACAGAUUUAUAGAUUAUUAUGCUUUACAUAUUCAUAAAAUAAACAUAUAAUGUAAAAAAAAUAUUUUCAGAAGUGGGGUUCGAAUCUACUCUCCGUCGAGCAUAGACCACUCGGCCAAACUGACUUGAAAGCAGUAGAUAAAGUAUACGGGUAACGUCUAAUGCAUCCAAUACCGUAAUAAAGAUAAAUUUUACUCAAUAAAAUAAUAAUUUAACGAAAAAUAAGAAUGUAAUGACAGAUUUUGAUUUUUUACAAGAUAGAGUCCUUUUAACCUUAGAGUAGACGAGUGAUAUCAUUUUGACAAGUUACUAAGUUAUUAUUAUCCUUAGCAUUACUCAGUCACUUGCAAUGCUGGAUCAAGCAAGCGCGGGGCCCGUAGCAAAUUCUUUGAAAGAGCCCUUAAUAUAUAUUGGAAAUAGUCUGUUUCCGAGAGUCUGACGAUUGUCUUUAUAGGAAAUGUUGUAAUGUUUCACAUUUUUGUGACGUCAAGUAAAUUCAAUAUACCAACAUCUUAAUAUGUUUCACUAAAAAAAUUACGCUCAGUUAGAGAUAAGUGGGGUACAAAUAUGCAAUUGCUACUCUUGCUAUGUGGUUAAUUCGCCACUGCUCACUUGUCAGGUAUAAUGAAUUAAACACUAUGACAAAAAAAACAACAAUACCACUGACUUAAAGGUUCGCUUAUAGUUGUGAAUAAUUAGAAUUUAAUUAUCCUAAUGGUACACAGACCUGGAUAUGCCUGAUUUAAUUACCCUAGUGGUAUGAAUACCUGCAUAUGCUUGAUUUAAUUACCCUAGUGGUACAAAGACUUGCAUAUCCUUGCUUUAAUUACCCUAGUGGUAUAAAGUCCUGCAUAUGCUUGAUAUAAUUACCCUAGUGAUAUAAAGUCCUGCAUAUGCUUGAUUUUAUUACCCUAGUGGUACAAAGACCUACAUAUGCUUGAUUUAAUUACCCUAGUGGUAUAAAGCCCUACAUAUGCUAGAUUUAAUUACUCUAUUGGUACAAAGACCUGCAUAUGCUUGAUUUAAAUACCCUAGUGGUAUAUUGUCCUACAUAUGCUUGAUUUAAUUACCCUAGUGGUACAAAGACCUACAUAUGCUUGAUUUAAUUAACCUAGUGGUACAAAGACCUGCAUAUGCUUGAUUUAAUUAACCUAGUGGUACAAAGACCUACAUAUGCUUGAUUUAAUUAACCUAGUGGUACAAAGACCUGCAUAUGCUUGAUUUAAUUACCCUAGUGGUACAAAUACCUGCAUAUGCUUGAUUUAAUUACCCUAGUGGCACAAAGGCUGCAUAUGCUUGAUAGUCUAUGGAUCAUCUCCUUUAAUGUGCUAUUACUGUCACUGAGUUUUACAAACAGCGUCCCUAAAUUAAAUUAUUAGAUAAACGUUGUAAUUGUACGUACCGACUUGAUUGCGAGGGACAUUAGUACAAUAAGUACAUUAAAUCCAAAAAAAAAUAAGAAAUCAUUACAAAUAUGCAAAUGAUUCUACUUUACCUUACAGCACGGUGAUGUUAAAACUUAACAAAAUAGCUUGGCGAUUAUUAAUAUAUUAUUAUAUUAAUAAUAAUGUUAAGAAAGUCAUUCGGGUCAUCAGGCAGAUCAGACAUAUUAACAGAAUAUUCAGUCACUUGUGACUUUUUGAUAGAAAUUAGCUCGUUGUAACGAGAAUGAAAACUUAUGAAGCAACAAAAAAUAUUCAUUUUUAGGACGACGCUACUACAGGUUGAGCUUUGGAAAUAUUCUUCACAUUUAUUUUGUAUAUAUAAUAUUAUGUUUUUAUUUUGUGUAUGUACUCAAUUGCGUUUUUUUUUAUAUAAUUUUGUAUUUUUAUGAAAUAUAUCCAUCAUAAUAUUAUAUAUUAACAAUUCGUGUUAAUGCUUAUGUUCCUCGCUAUCUAGCUUUGUAUAAAUAUUAUAACGUUUAAAAUCUUAUUAAUGAUUCUUUCAAAUAUCGUUCUGAAUGUUAAAAAAGUUAUGUUAUGUUGUGGCUUCUGAAGUAAUGGACAUUUUAAUUUGUUGUAAACCCUUUUUUACUCCCACAUGUUGUCAGUCACAAAAAUCAGUUGUGAUUGAUUGAAAUUUUAUUUCAGCAAUUCGUUAUGCAUAAUUUUAUCAUAAUGACUACACUAGGCUAUAAGUGGCGAGGUUCUAUAUAAUUUAUAUCGUAGAUGUAAGUGAAAAUGAUAGUAAUAUAUUGAUAUUAUAAUGUAGCGUGGGUGACUGUAUGAGUGAUGUAUGCAUCAGGGUUCUAAGAACUGAAAAUGGACAUUGCCGACUUUUGUUCUCACAAUAUGACAGAAUUAUUAUUCAAACUGCUUUACGUGUUAUGUCAAACUCUUUAGCGGUAAAUUUGCAAGGAAAAUAUUUGUUCCAAAUAUUAUAGCUUUUCAUAUAAAUAUUUGUAGACACUGUAUUCAGUAAUUAGCAGUAAUUAGCACUGCACGGGGACGUCCGCUCCCGACCAAUGACCGAUUGGAACUGACGCUCCCGCAGAACAGUGCAUUCGAUUUAAAGCACUCAACGUCACACGGUCAAUGUUACUGUCACUGUCAAUGUCAUAACAGUAACCAUGAUUGUUAACACAUAUUUAAUUCAGACUAGAUAUCAAGACACUACAACGUUUUUAAGAUGCGUUGUUUAUUUUUUCAAUUUUUUUUUUUUAAUUGAUUCGGUGAUGUUCGUUGGAUGUCUGAUGGCUAUUUAUAUGUGCGCCUUGGAUCCGGUAUGUGGUGACGUUAGUGAGAACCAAAUAUUAUAUAGACGAUAAUAUGUUAUAUAUUGUUGUGCAGCUUGCCUUGUCGCAUAUACUACUUAUGACUUAAUUACAUUACACUUAGGGUUGUCAGAAAGAAUAUAGGGUUAUGCAUAAUAAUAUCACAUCUUAAAUAAUUAUGUUUUAAUAUGCCAUUUUAUGCCACAAAGCCCUUUAUGUUAACUGUCUUGGAAUGACUGCUCGCCAUGUUAUUUUUUGCCGUAGUAUUUUUGAUCUGAUUAAAAUAAUGGAAAUUAUACCAUUUUGAUAACGAAAGUACGUAAUACUAUUUCAAUGCUAACGGAGAACAGUAUUUAAAAUAAUCUUUUUCCCAUUAUUGUUAUAAACUGAAAUAUUUUUAAAUAUAAACGUUACAUCUAUUUUUUUUUAUAAUUUGUGUUGUUCAUAUAGUGUGUGUGGAUAAGGCAAGUCCUAAAGGAGGAUAUAUUUUUACUUUAGCGUUUAGGUUCGUGUGGAGGCGGCUUUGAGGGAUUGGUGUGAAACCUGAGAAUGUAUCUACACUGUAUAAUGUGUCUGUGAGAGCUUUAAGUGCGGCGAAAUAUCUACGAAAAUUGGUGAUUUUCGUAUUUAACCAGGCCAAGGCGAAUUAUUCCGGUGAAACGCGUAGGUUUAUAUUAAAAGUAUUUGGUAAGCCCCAAGUGCUCUAAAUGUGGCCAGAUUUUAAAAUUGAAAGCUAGGUCUAAAGUACCGAUUUCGCGCCGAACUUUCGCAGGUGUUUCGCCACCACUUACGCCCACUGAAUUCGUCGCAAGCGAUACUCGUCGACGAACUUUGUGAGCUAUGUCUGUGUGAGUUUAUGUUCCUAUGUUGUGUAUGUGUGUGUGCGAGUUGUCGCCUAAUGGCGUCGUUGUUUUUAAUUUUAUUUUAUUCCCCGGAUAUCAUUUUAAUUACGAUUUACGUGUGCGUUGUGAACGUUUUUAAUAAUAACAUCUGGAGCUUUUGCGUUGUAUACUGCGGUAGCUAUAUAUUAUCUGUAAGUAUAAGUAGGGCUGCAAUAUGUGUAACUGUUACCAUUUAGCUGACGCGGAGCGAUCUCGUUACGAUAUCGUUCCGAUGCAAAAUAUCGCAAUGUAAAAUUUAUUAUUUUUUAUUUAUCGGCAGUUUUUAUUUCACAGCAUGUUACUUAGGUAUGACGAUUUUAUAAAUUAUAUUUUCAUUUUCGAUGAGAACGGUGAAAUCUGGAUGAGGCGCAUAAUAUGUUCUUCUUAUUCAGAUAACGGACCAAAUAUCAAGCACACUUUUAUGUAACAUAUAUAAACUGCAUACUAAACUCAUUACAAGGCCUAAUAUGUCGUCAUAUUAUGUAAUAUCUAUGAAUCUUUUAGACAUAUCUUUGUGCCUCGUUCGGAUUCACAGUUCAAUGCUUAUUAAAAAGCAAAACAUCGGAUAGUUGUAGGUUUUAAAUUAUUAUCAUAAUAAUUUUAUAGUCAUUAAGGCAAUAUUGCUGGUCUAGAACUUUUAUACGAACUAUAAUUGUUUACGCUUUUGGGCACUUUUAUCGGAUCCGUUCGUACUUUAUCCGUGAAAUUGUAUCGACCAUAUUGAAAUGUUUGGGGUCCGAUAAAUGAUCGUACCUAUAUCGUGUAAACAAUUAUUGCAAACGGUGAUUUGCACCACUAUUGGCAGACUGACGUGUCUGUCACUUUUAUUAAAAUGUCAUUAAUGACAGACAGGUGGUGAAAUGGACACAGAGUAUGUAUAAUAGAGGAGUAUGUAGAUGGCAGCUACGUCAGGUGUAUCCGAGCUGUGUGUAAACAAUAUGCUUUUAAAGUAAUAAAUAUUGCAUUUCCAACUGUUA